UUUCAUACCUAUCACUGAUAAAAAACUUUGCCUUUACGCGCCAAAGGAUUGUUAUUUUAAAAAUCCAAACGAAGAUUAUGUUGAUUUGUUUCCAUGUGUUGAUUUUGGCAAAGAUGCGAAUAAAUUUUUAGAAAAUUGUGGAGUCAAAAAAGAGCCACAAUUAUUGGAUUUAGCAGAAUUUCUCAUCAAUUCGUCAAGGAAAUUUUGGUCAAAUCCGAAUAAUAGACAAUCAUAUGUUAGAAUUCUCGGUACAAUUUCGUAUAAUUAUGAAUCAAUCAAUAAAAAGAAACCUGGUACACUUGAAAAAAUGAAACAAUCACCAAUAUUAUUGGGUACAAAAAAGCAGGGCAAUGAAGAAAAUAUCGAUGAUUAUAAAUUAGCUUAUG